CACGCGGGUCAGACCAAUCGGUGCCGCCAAUGCGAUCAUACGAGAAUGUCGCGCGAGUUUGUGGCGGCGCGGCGGUGAAUCGAUUUUUUGUACCGCCCCGUGCUUCCGUGUAUAAUUUUUAGUGGAGCUUUCUUGUAAAUAAAUAAUAUUUGGGUUAAUAUGGCAAAUACCAUCGGAAAAUUAACGAAAAGUGGCGAUAAUUAGGCGAUUUAAUGAUCGAUGACUACGUGCCGUCAUCAUCAUCGUUAAGUAAACGCACUUGGACGACAGUACCACGGAAUCUUAUGAACGUGACAUACAUUCAAGUUUUUAAGUUUUUCGGUUUCGUUUUUGGGUUGUUAAGACACGCGAGCGCGUUCGUGCGUCGAUUUUUCCACUUUUUAGAGGCACCGAAAGUCAAAAUUGAGGCCGAUAAUGCGAAAAGGACGGACGGAGGGGAAUGCGAGGAAGAGAUAGCGACCCCCAAACUAAAAAGGCCCAAUAAUUUACCUUUUCCGAAUAACGAUAAGUGUACACAACGUAAAAAAGAACCAGCUACAUUAAACCCCAAUUUUCAACAAUUUAAUUCGGAAUUUAGCAUCAGUCCUGCGCCAAAAAAGCAAGCAAACGACCCCUUUCUGGUUGCAGAAACUAUUCAGGUCGACGAUCAAACGAUCACCCUAAAAGUGCAAAAUCAUAUUGAUGAAUUAAACGCACAACAGCCGGUUUUUACUCCCACAUUCCACUUCUAUCCUCCAGUAAUGAUGAAUAAUAAAAAAUUGAUCGGGAGGAGAAACAGUAAGAGGUUCGUUAUUGGAGAUGGGGAGGACGAACUUCCCUCUCCAACCAUUCCUCCGGACGUAACUGUCACUGAGAGUCCCAGUGUAGAGCUUAGGGUCGAUUGGUUAAAUCAGGAUAAUGGAGGCAGGUUAUCUGUGCCCAGAAAAGGUUUGAAGCCCUCCAUGUCCCAGGGUACUGUUAUGCUCCACAACAAUCGUCUGCAAGAGAAAGACUUUACGGUUGCCACCCCAGAAGAGUUUGUCAAGAGGUUCAAUGGGACCAGAGUUAUAAACAAAGUUCUAAUAGCAAACAACGGUAUAGCGGCGGUAAAAUGCAUGAGGUCGGUGCGAAGAUGGUCCUACGAGAUGUUCAAAAACGAACGGGCGGUGAGGUUCGUAGUGAUGGUGACUCCAGAAGAUUUAAAAGCGAACGCCGAGUAUAUCAAAAUGGCCGACCAUUACGUUCCGGUACCCGGAGGCACGAAUAAUAAUAAUUAUGCAAAUGUGGAGUUAAUAGUCGAUAUUGCUGUCAGAUUACAAGUACAAGCGGUAUGGGCCGGUUGGGGCCACGCCUCAGAAAACCCAAAACUGCCGGAGCUCCUGCACAAAAACAACAUUAUCUUCAUCGGGCCUUCGGAGAAGGCGAUGUGGGCCCUCGGCGACAAGAUCGCCUCCUCCAUUGUAGCACAAACCGCGGAUGUACCAACUCUUCCCUGGUCAGGAGGAGGUCUAAAAGCCCAAUACUCGGGUAAAAAAAUCAAAAUUUCUUCGGACUUAUUCGCGAAAGGUUGCGUCACCAAUGCGGAAGAAGGUUUAGCGGCUGCACAUAAGAUCGGUUUCCCUGUAAUGAUUAAGGCGUCCGAAGGUGGAGGCGGUAAAGGGAUCAGGAAGGUCGAGUACGCGGAUGAUUUUGCCGCAGCGUUCCGACAAGUGCAAACCGAAAUUCCCGGCUCGCCGAUAUUCGUGAUGAAACUUGCUAAGGGCGCGAGACAUUUGGAGGUGCAACUGUUAGCCGACAACUACGGUAACGCCAUCUCAUUGUUCGGUAGGGACUGUUCGAUUCAACGGAGACAUCAGAAAAUUAUUGAGGAGGCUCCCGCCUCGAUUGCUAGCCCGGAAGUUUUUGAGGAAAUGGAAAAGGCAGCCGUACGUCUAGCAAAAAUGGUCGGUUACGUCUCAGCCGGUACCGUCGAGUACCUCUAUGAAACGACCGGAAAUUAUUACUUCCUAGAACUAAAUCCACGUCUACAAGUGGAACAUCCGUGCACAGAAAUGGUUUCUGACGUGAAUCUUCCUGCCGCACAGCUACAGAUCGCUAUGGGACUGCCUCUGAACUACAUUAAAGACAUUAGAUUAUUAUAUGGGGAAUCUCCGUGGGGCACCACGGAAAUCGAUUUUGACCAACCGAGGCAUAAACCUCAACCGUGGGGUCACGUUAUCGCAGCCAGAAUUACCUCGGAAAAUCCCGAUGAAGGUUUUAAGCCGAGUUCUGGCACAGUUCAAGAGUUGAACUUCCGCUCGUCAAAGAACGUUUGGGGCUAUUUUUCGGUGGCGGCCUCCGGGGGCCUGCACGAAUUCGCCGAUUCCCAAUUCGGCCACUGUUUCUCGUGGGGCGAAAACCGAGAACAGGCCAGGGAAAAUUUGGUUAUUGCCCUUAAAGAGUUAUCGAUCAGGGGCGACUUUAGGACCACCGUGGAAUAUUUAAUCACUUUACUAGAAACCGCCGAUUUCCAAGAAAACACCAUAGACACCGCUUGGUUAGAUCUGUUGAUAUCCGAAAAGGUGCAAGCGGAGAAACCGGAUGUGAUGCUCGCCGUUCUAUGCGGUGCUUUACACAUAGCGGAUAAAACUAUUGAAAAAGCAUUCCAGGAGUUUAUUAGUUCGUUGGAAAAAGGACAAAUUCAAGCCUCAAAUACCCUUACGAACGUUAUUGAUGUGGAACUUAUUAAUAGUGGCAACAAAUAUAAAGUACAAGCUACAAAGAGUGGACCUAACACCUACUUCUUACAGAUGAAUGGUACCUUUAAAGAAAUAGAAGUGCACCGGCUCAACGACAGCGGCAUAUUACUCUCAAUCGACGGAUCCUCCUUUACCACUUACAUGAAAGAGGAAGUCGACAGAUAUCGCAUCGUAAUCGGUAACCAAACGUGCGUAUUCGAAAAAGAAAACGAUCCGACCAUUUUACGAUCCCCAUCGGCCGGAAAACUGAUUGGUUUUCUAGUGGAAGACGGGGGACACGUGAGCAAAGGGCAAGCUUACGCCGAAAUCGAAGUGAUGAAGAUGGUGAUGACACUGACGGCCGGCGAGGCCGGUGUUUUAACUUACGGAAAGAGACCGGGGGCCGUGCUGGAUGCCGGAUCUGUUUUGGCGACUCUAGAACUGGACGAUCCUAGUUUGGUUACGAAGGCCGUAUUGUAUAAAGGUCCGUUUCCAGAGAUGGACACCUCAACCCAAGGCGCUCCCGAAAAGCUAAACCACAUACACAGCAGCUACAAAACCAUGUUAGAAAACACCUUGGCCGGCUAUUGUUUACCCGACCCUUAUAACGUUCCCCGAUUAAGAGAGGUAAUAGAAAAAUACAUGUCUUCCCUGCGAGAUCCCAGCCUGCCUCUGCUGGAACUUCAAGAGGUGAUGGCAUCUAUCUCCGGACGGAUUCCGGUGGCGGUGGAGAAGAAAAUUCGCCGAUUAAUGUCGCUUUACGAAAGAAACAUCACAUCGGUACUGGCCCAGUUUCCUAGUCAGCAAAUCGCGAGCGUUAUCGACAGCCACGCCGCUUUAUUGCAUAAGAAAACUGAGAGGGACGGCUUCUUUUUGGCUACGGAGGGAAUCGUACAGCUUGUUCAAAGAUAUAGAAACGGUAUAAGAGGCCGCAUGAAGGCGGCAGUCCAAGACUUGUUAAAACAAUACUACGACGUCGAAAGUCAGUUCCAACAAGGUUCCUUUGACAAGUGCGUAUCAUCGUUACGCGAAAAGCACAAGGACGACAUGAAGAUGGUUUCCGCGACGAUAUUUUCACAUUCACAGGUGGCCAAAAAGAAUCUACUGAUCACGAUGCUCAUUGACCAUCUGUGGUCCAACGAGCCGGGUCUUACGGACGAAUUGGCACCGGCCUUAACAGAACUUACUACUUUGAACAAAAGCGAACAUUCCAGGGUUGCCUUAAGGGCGAGACAGGUGCUUAUAGCGGCCCAUCAACCGGCCUACGAGCUACGCCACAAUCAAAUGGAAAGCAUAUUUUUAUCGGCGGUUGAUAUGUACGGACACGAGUUUCACCCGGAAAAUUUACAAAAGCUUAUUGUGUCCGAAACUUCGAUUUAUGAUAUUUUACAUGAUUUCUUUUACCACACCAACAAGUCUGUGUCCAGUGCUGCUUUAGAGGUAUAUGUUCGGAGAGCGUAUACGAGCUACGACAUAAUGACUCUGCAACAUCUGGAACUCAGUGGGGAAAUCCCGGUGGUCCACUUUCAGUUUUUGUUGCCCCCAAGUCAUCCCAAUAGGUUGUCGAAGUUAAUUACUAAUGGAAGUGUCGGUAAUUCAGAUGUGAUGAUCCAGGAACAGCCGAUCGUAGUGGACACAUUCCAAAGGACGGGCUGUAUGGCCGCCUUCGAAAACUUCCAUCAGUUCGAACAAUAUUCGGACGAAAUCCUCGAUUUGAUCGAAGAUUUCUCGAAUCCGGUGACAAUAAGCGCGCGCGACUUAAACGCCGUGGAAUCCGGCUCGGAGUCCCGGAAAAAUUCCACUUCGAUCAACGUCAGUUUAUCCCUAGACGGGCCGAGAGCGGCACAGAUCGACGAGAACGUUUUACACGAACCGGUCCACAUUUUACACGUCGGUAUAAAAGAUGACGGCGACAAAGACGAUUCCGCUAUGAGUAAAGUGUUUCUAAACUUCUGCACGAAGCACAAGGAGGAGCUGAUGUCUCGAAGGAUUCGUCGGAUAACUUUUAGCCCGUUCAAGCAUAAACAGUUCCCGAAAUUCUUCACUUACAGUAAUUUCGGUAGGGCGAGGGACAGUUUCAUCGAGGAUAAAAUUUAUCGUCACUUGGAGCCGGCGGCUGCUUUCCAGUUAGAACUAAACCGAAUGAGAUCUUACAACCUCGAGGCUCUGCCGACGUCCAAUCAGAAAAUGCAUUUGUAUCUCGGUAAAGCCAAGGUGCCCCCAGGCAAAGAAGUGACCGACUAUAGGUUCUUUAUUAGGAGUAUCAUAAGACAUUCAGACCUCAUUACUAAGGAGGCCUCUUUUGAAUAUCUUCAAAAUGAGGGUGAACGGGUUCUUCUGGAAGCAAUGGACGAGUUGGAAGUGGCUUUCUCUCAUCCGCAGUCGAAGCGCACCGAUUGCAAUCACAUUUUCUUAAACUUCAUACCCACUGUGAUAAUGGAUCCGGCCAAAAUCGAAGAAGCCGUUACUAAUACGGUACUUCGGUACGGCCCGAGGCUGUGGAAGUUAAGAGUUUUACAGGCGGAAAUUAAAGUACUUAUUAGGUCGUCCCCUAACGCCUCCACAACUCCCAUACGUCUGUGUUUAUCAAACGACAGCGGCUACUACCUGGACAUCAGCAUGUACACCGAAGUGAUCGAUCCGGAAUCGGGCGAAAUCCGAUUCAAGGCGUUCGGAAAACGUCAGGGACCGAUGCACGGCCUACCGAUUUCCACCCCGUAUUUGGCCAAAGAUUACCUUCAACAAAAACGGUUCCAAGCCCAAAGUAACGGAACCACUUACGUGUACGAUUAUCCGGAGAUGUUCAGGCAAAUGGUCGAUCUACAGUGGAAACUUUAUAGUCAGGAGGCGACCAGUGUCGUCACGUUACCGGAUAAGUUUAUGGAUUUUGUCGAGCUGGUCCUCGAUGUGGAAACCGAAACUAGAUUGGUGGAACAGAAACGUGUGGCCGGUGAGAAUAAUGUCGGUAUGGUAGCUUGGAGGCUUACCUUGUAUACACCAGAAUACCCUGCCGGUAGGGACAUUAUUGUUAUAUCAAACGACAUCACUUUCGGAAUCGGGUCAUUUGGACCAAGAGAAGAUAAGGUAUACGGAUUGGCGUCUGAGCUAGCAAGAAGUUUACAAAUCCCGAGAAUUUACAUUUCGGUUAAUUCGGGGGCUCGUAUCGGUUUAGCGGAGGAGGUGAAGGGCCUAUACAAAAUCGCCUGGGAAGACCCUAACGAUUCUGAAAAGGGCUUUAAAUAUUUAUAUUUGGCACCGGAGGAUUACGCUAAAAUCAGUUCCAAUAAUUCGGUUAGGGCAGAACUUAUCGAAGACGAAGGCGAAUCACGGUAUAAAAUAACUGACAUUAUUGGCAAAGAGGAUGGUUUGGGUGUUGAAAAUUUAAAGUAUGCCGGUAUGAUUGCCGGAGAAACCUCAUCCGCAUACGAAGAAGUAGUGACAAUUUCCAUGGUCAGUUGCAGGGCGAUCGGUAUCGGCUCUUACAUAGUCAGGUUAGGUCAAAGGGUGAUACAAAUAGAGAAUUCUUAUAUAGUACUAACCGGGUACAACGCGUUAAACAAAGUGUUGGGCAAAGAAGUGUACGCCUCAAAUAACCAACUGGGCGGCAUUCAGAUCAUGUACAAUAACGGGGUCACCCAUAAAACCGAACAAAGCGAUUUGGACGGCAUUUUCACCAUUUUAAAGUGGCUCUCUUACAUGCCGAAAGAUAAAAUGUCCCCGGUGCCGAUGUUGAAACCGAGCGAUCCCAUCGAGAGGGAUGUCGAUUUUACCCCAACGAAAACCCCGUACGAUCCCAGGUGGAUGUUGGAAGGAAGAGAUUCGCCCAACGAUCCUGCAAUAUGGGAGUCUGGAUUUUUCGACAAGGGUUCUUGGAAUGAGAUUUUGAAGCCUUGGGCUCAGACCGUUGUCACUGGACGUGCCAAAUUAGGUGGAAUUCCCUUGGGAGUAAUCGCCGUAGAAACCAGAACGGUAGAACUGAACCUGCCCGCCGAUCCUGCCAACAUUGAUUCCGAAGCCAAAACCGUAUCGCAAGCCGGCCAAGUGUGGUUUCCCGAUUCUGCCUACAAAACUGCUCAAGCCAUCAAGGACUUUUCAAGAGAAGAUUUGCCGCUUAUGAUCUUUGCUAAUUGGAGAGGUUUUAGCGGCGGCAUGAAAGAUAUGUACGAAGAGAUCCUCAAAUUCGGAGCCUACAUAGUGGACGGCCUAAGACAGUACAAACAACCGAUUAUAGUUUAUAUACCGCCGUACGGAGAGCUUAGGGGGGGAGCGUGGGCGGUAGUGGACCCCACCAUAAAUUCCCGAUACAUGGAAAUGUACGCCGAUCCCACUUCACGAGGAGGCGUUUUAGAACCGGAGGGUCUAGUGGAAGUGAAAUAUAAGAAGAGGGAUUUGUUGAAGACCAUGCAUCGUCUCGACCCUAUAUUGAGGGAGUUGGACGAUAAACUAAAGGCUUUCCAAGCCAGUCAACCAGCGAGAGAAAGAUCGUCUAGUAUAACCCCAGUACAACCAGCGCCGGAACGAGAAAAGCCCAAAGAACUGCGAGACUUAGAAGCGCAAAUCAAAGAGAGGGAAAACAUGCUUUUGCCGACGUACCAUCAGGUUUCGGUACAUUUCGCGGACCUCCACGAUACACCUGAGAGGAUGCUCGAAAAAGGAUGCAUAUCUGAAAUAGUUCCAUGGAAGAGGGCAAGACACCAUUUCUACUGGAGAUUAAGAAGAUUACUGCUCCAAGACAGAGUGGUUAAAGCUUUACUAGAAGCCCAGCCUGAAAUGGCUUUGGGCCAGGGAGAAUACAUGCUCAGGAGAUGGUUUGUAGAAGAUAAAGGAGCUUCUGAGGCCUAUAAAUGGGACAAAAACGAAGUCGUAGUUCACUGGUUAGAAGAACAACUGAACAUGCCGCCACAUAAAUCUAUAAUCAGUCGGAAUAUUCAUGCCGUAAAAAAGGAUGCUGGUCUUAGUCAAAUUAAGGAAUUAAUUGAGGAAUGCCCUGAUAUGACUUUGGAUGCCAUAGAUGUGAUAAUAGAAAAACUGAAUGAUAACCAAAAAGCGGAAGUCAUAAGGAAACUCUCGCAGCUAGGAUCUAUGGAAAACGUAGACUAGUUUAUAAUUAAAAGUUUUACACUUGCCAGUGUAUAUAGAAAAUGAUUGCUAGUGUAUAACUGAGAAUCAUACUCAACAGGGCCACCUUUGUACAUAAAUUCUCAGAGAGAACACUCUUAAGCAGAGAGUACAAAAACGAAUGUGUUCGAAAUAAUGACAUGAUAUUUUUCAUUUAAAUAGUUAAUAAGUAUAAUGGAACCUACUUAAGGCCUAGCCCUGGGGUGCUUGAUUAUUUUUAUACGUAAAUUUCAGAAAGAGGUGGCGAAAAAACUUGACAAUAGUUUUUAUUUUGUGGACCAUUGUGCAUUUUUUUUAAUUUAAGAAAACAAACUUUUUAUAAGGGUUGAGUUAGUGUUUUUUUUUUCUAUUUAUUUUACUUGUAAAGUUUCCAUUCGGGAAAAGGCUGUUACUGACUACGUUGUUAUUGUUUAAAUAUUGAAUAUUUUCAAUAAAAAAAAUUACUAAUGUAA